AUGGAAUACGAGGAUUUCAGUCGACCAUUCCGCUUCAUAGUCACAGGUCGACUUCUCGCUAUUCUUUACAAUGGCAGAGAAUUCGAGUUACACCAGGACCGCCACGGCCGCGGAACUUUGUUUCAUCUGUCCGAUGACGAGGAACAGAUAAUCUUUAAUCGCAGCUAUAUCGGGAGCCUCUCUAGUCACUCGGACUUUCCAGACGACGUAUUCUACAUCAAACGUGACCAACAAGCCAACCUGGGGCAACCCCCUCCAACAAUCGCACCCCUCGUCAACCGGGUUACUAGCACCGACAACCCUAUCUCUGCCGAUGGAAUUGAUCUCUACCAGCCGGGCCAGCAAUUUAUACUGUACCCUUUCGGAGGUCUGUGGAUGGGAAACACCGAGCGCUCACCAGAAGACAAACUUGUCUUUCGUGGAAAUCCAUACAGCGAUGGAAUGACCUUCGAAUUUUCCGUGCAUAAUGGGAAUAUGCGGAUUACCUCCGAUGACGGCAUGUUUCUGUCUGUCGUAAUGCCGACCAACACUACCGAGUGCCGAGACGAAAAGUGUCAACAGCAUACUGCGUCCACUCGGUGCCCACAAUGCCAGCGGAGAUACACUAUGGGCUUCGUCUCCGAGCCGCGCGACUGUAUCACGCUUAUCCCGCGUGGACUGCCUAGCAUGUUUGUCUUCUUUGAUAGUAUCUACUAUUACCAUCUUGAUGCUCUUAGGGGUAGUUACGCCGAGUUGGUGCGAGUGGAGCGUAUUGAGGAUGCCUCGCUGUUCCAGUUUGUUAGUUUUCUAUCUUAA